GGACCUUUGCGCAUGCGUAUAUGACGGGAGUUACUCCAUUUUGGGUCAUCUCGGGGCUACAGUAGCUAGCAGUUGCUGUUAGCUUCCACAUCGCAGCGUUACUUUUGUGCGGGUUUAUUUCUCCCGCUUUGAUAUUAAAGUUACAGCGAACAGAGAGCGGUUUACUCCCGCCUUCGGGUCUGAAUCCGAGUCUUUCUUCGUCUGAGAAAUGGACGGAGAAGAGGACGACUUCAUGUCCGCGAGCCACUCCGAUGAUGGAGGCGGCACUCCGGUCAUGGAUGAGCACCCGGCGUCAGACGGCGAGGAGAUGAGGAGCGACAGGAAUCACUCUGAGGAUGAGGGCAGCAAUGACGAGGACGCUCGCCACACCAUGGAGACCAGCGGAGCAGCCAGCGGCUCCGACAACGAGGACCGCCGAGGCGGCGACAGCGACUCGGAGGGAGAGGCCCCCAGGGGCCGCGGCGACGACGACGACAGAAGCGACUCCGAAGCGGAGCCUCCGAGGCCCGCCGACAGCGACGACGACUCUCCGGUCAAACGCGGGAUGAGCGCUUCAGACAACGAGGAGGAGUCGCCGGUCAAACACGGCGCUUCAGACAAUGAGGAGGGGGAGGCGGCGGCGUCCCCCGUCAAACGCAGGGGGAGCAGCUCGGACAUGGAGGACGGGGAGGACAGACCCAAAGCAGCAGCAGCCGCCGCCGACAGCGACUCAGACAACGAGGACGCCAAACCCGCCGCGUCCGCCGGCCGCCGCUCCAACGCCGACAGUGACUCUGACACAGAGAUGCCCGCCAGACGCAAGGCGGCGCAGAUAGACUCUGACGAGGACGAGGAGGCUGAGAAACAGCAGGGGGACGAAGAGGGAGGAGGAGGAGGAGGAGGAGGGAAGUGGAAGGCUGUGAUGCAGUCUGACAGUGAGGAAGAGGAGGAGGGACGGAGGACGAAGGCUGCAGCAGGAAGUGAUGGAGAGCAGCAGGAAGUGAAGAGGAAGAAGGCCAUCCUGUCAGACAGUGAGGAUGAGGAUGAAGAGAAGGCAGAUAAACCAGCGGCGAAGAGGAGCCGGGCGGUGUCGGACGAUGAGAACUCGGACAGCGACGGAGCGUCGGGAGGACCUGAUAAGAGUCUGGCAGCCAAACUGAGAGAACUGGGCUCCGACAGCGAGAGCGAGGACGAGAGGUCGAAGGUCAACGCGGGGAAUAAGGACGAGAAGGCGUUGUUCGGCAGCGACAGCGACUCCGGAGACGAGGAGGAGAAGAUGAUCGCAGACAUCUUCGGAGAGUCUGGAGACGAGGAGGGGGAGGAGUUCACGGGUUUCAACCAGGAGGACCUGGAGGGAGACAAGAAGGAGGCCAAGGAGAAGCAGCAGCAGGUGGAGGAAGACUCCGACUCUGACGAAGGUGUCGACCGCAGCGGCCAAGACACCAGCUUCAUGUCCGACUUUGACAUCAUGCUCGCCCGGAAGAAAGCCAUGAACAGUAAGAGGAGGCGGCACCGUGACGGCGGGACGUUCAUCAGCGACGCCGACGACGUGGUCAGCGCCAUGAUCACCAAGAUGAACGAAGCUGCUGAGGAGGAUCGAACUCUGAACAGUCAGAAGAAACCAGCGCUGAAGAAACUCUCUCUGCUGUCACAAGUCGUCAUGCACCUGAAGAAACAGGACUUGAAGGAGACGUUCAUCGACAGCGGAGUGAUGUCGGCCAUCAAAGAGUGGAUCAGUCCUCUUCCAGACAAAUCACUGCCUGCUCUGAGAAUCAGAGAGGAGCUUCUCAGGAUCCUACAGGAACUGCCCAGCGUCAGUCAGGAGACGCUGAAGCACAGCGGGAUCGGACGAGCCGUCAUGUUUCUCUACAAACAUCCCAAAGAGUCGCGAUCCAACAAAGACCUCGCUCUCAAACUCAUCAACGAGUGGUCGCGGCCGAUCUUUGGUUUGACGUCCAACUAUAAAGGAAUGACGAGAGAAGAGCGACAGCAGAGAGAUCUGGACCAGCAGAUGCCUCAGAGACGACGACUCAGUUCGGGAGGUCAGACGCCUCGGAGAGACCUGGAGAAACAGCUGACUGGAGAGGAGAAAGCCCUGCGACCCGGUGACCCCGGCUUCUGUGCCAGAGCUCGAGUGCCGAUGCCCUCCAACAAAGACUACGUGGUACGACCCAAGUGGAACGUAGAGAUGGAAUCAAACAGGGGUCCGAUGAAGAAAGGUCUGUCCCGCGUCGACAAACAGAUGCGUAGAUUCGCCGACAUCCGCCGCCUGACGAAGACGGGUCACGCUGUCAAAAUCAGCGUGGAAGGCAACCGGAUGCCGCUCUGAUUUUUAAAAAAAAAACCUCCGUAGGAUUUAUUCACUUUACUUUUUUUUUUUUUCUUCUUUUUAAAUGUUUGUUCCCCUGCUCUCCCCCCAGGUCUCCACUUCCGCCUCCUCGCUGAAGUCGGGGCUGAAGUCACACAGCUUUUGACUUUAUGUCAGAAUGUGAA